AUGUCCGCUCCCGCCAUUAGUAGCUCCACCGCGAGCCCGCCCUCAUUCGAGAUUCGCGAGGAACUCAUCCCCGAGGACACCUCGUUCAUCACGGCGGCCUUUGACUCGUGCGUCGCGCACCUGGCCGCGGUCGACUGCGCCGGCAUGUGGGGCACGCAGCCGUUCUCGGAGAAGGACGGGUUCGCGGACAGCGUGCGCGACGACAUGGUGGUCGCGUCGGAGCGAUUCCGCAACAGCGGCUCCACAGGGGAGGCCGUCGAGGACAAGGUCCGGACAUUCAUCGCCGAGGCCCGGGUGGGGCCCGGAGCAGACGCUGGAGAUGGCCUCGACGACAGUGGAUUGCAUUACCGGGUCUCCGAUGACGGUGGUAUCACGGUGCGGUAUCUGCAGGUCGGCGCCGUGGUCGUGCAUCUCGACUGGUUUCCACACUACAUCGAGUCGCAGGCCGGCUUCGCAGCGCUGGUAGGUAAGGCGAAGGAGGCGAGAAGUCAAGGGGCUCCCUCGGUCUACAUUGAGGUCAUGGUGUCCGACUUUCGGGUUGGACACGCUCGCAGAGGGGUUGGCACCGCCUUGAUGGGCCGGGUCCGAGAGUUUGCGGCCGAGCAGGGGGCAAAGACGCUCUUCGUGGAUUCAUGGUCGGGGAACGGGGGGCGGUUGGUCAGGUACUACGAGUCUCUGGGCUUUGUCGCUGUAGACGAUUUCUUGGUUGAGCGCAAGAACAAGGACCCGUGGCCUGGAAAGUUGCUCCGCAUGGAUCCCUUGUAG